AUGAACAGCCGUCUUGUAUUGGCGGCCGCGGUGUUCCUUGCGGAGGCCGUCGCCGGUCUGACACCUGCUGAAUGGCGCAGUCAGUCGAUAUACUUUCUUCUGACCGAUCGCUUUGGGCGUGAAGACAACUCUACUACAGCCGCAUGCGCCGUGAGCGACCGGAAUUAUUGCGGUGGUAGUUGGCAAGGCAUUAUCAACCAUCUGGACUAUAUCCAAGACAUGGGUUUUACUGCCAUUUGGAUCACGCCAGUCACAGAACAGCUCUCUGGAGACACUGGGGACGGCGAAGCGUAUCAUGGUUACUGGCAACAGAAGAUAUACGACGUGAACACAAAUUAUGGCACUGCUGCUGAUCUUCUAGCGCUCUCUAAUGCUCUGCAUAAUCGGGGGAUGUAUCUCAUGGUAGAUGUGGUGGCAAACCACAUGGGAUAUAAUGGGGCUGGAAAUACUGUUGAUUACAGUGUCUUCAACCCAUUUGACUCUUCGACUGACUUCCAUUCAUACUGUCUGAUCAGUGACUACUCCAAUCAGACAAAUGUGGAGGACUGUUGGCUAGGUGACACUACUGUCUCCCUUCCGGAUCUCAACACGGCACUUGCUUCUGUACAGACCAUCUGGUAUAACUGGGUGGCUGACCUGGUAUCUAAUUACUCCAUUGAUGGCCUGCGUAUCGACACGGUCAAGCACGUCCAGGAGUCAUUCUGGCCGGGCUAUAACAGUGCAGCGGGUGUCUACUGUGUAGGGGAGGUCUUUGAUGGCGACCCCUCUUACACAUGCCAGUAUCAAAGUUAUCUUGACGGUGUUCUAAAUUAUCCCAUCUAUUACCAACUGCUGUACGCAUUUGAGUCUUCUAGUGGCAGCAUUAGCGACCUAUACAACAUGAUUAACUCUGUUGCUUCGGAUUGUUCUGAUCCAACCUUGCUCGGAAAUUUCAUCGAGAACCAUGACAACCCACGCUUUGCUUACUACACGGAUGACUACUCUCAAGCAAAGAAUGUUAUAUCGUUUCUCUUCUUUUCUGAUGGUAUUCCUAUUAUCUACGCCGGUCAGGAGCAACAUUAUAGUGGUGGUAGCGACCCUGCUAACCGGGAAGCAACUUGGUUGUCUGGAUAUGACACAACCGCCGAGCUUUACGAAUACAUAACCUCCACAAACAAGAUCCGCAGUCUAGCGAUGUUAUCGGACACUUCCUACCUUACGUCCAAGAAUGACGCUUUCUACACUGAUAGCAAUACCAUAGCGAUGAAGAAAGGAUCCAGCGGCGAGCAAGUUGUUACGGUCCUUUCCAACUACGGAUCCUCGGGCAGCUCGUAUACCUUAACUCUGAGCGGAAGUGGCUAUUCUUCCGGCACCCAGCUAAUGGAGAUGUACACCUGUACUUCGGUUACCGUGGAUUCCAGUGGAAAUAUCGCCGUACCAAUGGCGUCUGGGCUACCCCGAGUUUAUAUGCUGGCCUCCUCGGCAAGCUCACUUUGUGGUUCUUCUAGUUCGACGACAACCUCGGCAUCGUCGAAGACCGCAACUGCCACAGUCGCAUCCACCUUAACCACUACUACCUCCACCAGCACAAGUUGUACACAGGCCACUGUUCUACCUGUCUUGUUUGAAGAGAUUGUGACCACUUCCUAUGGACAGGACAUCUACAUUUCAGGCUCGAUCAGUGAAUUGGGUAGCUGGGAUGUGGAUAAUGCUGUCGCCCUCUCUGCAGACGAAUAUACCUCGUCCAAUAAUUUGUGGUAUGUUGUCGUGACGAUCCCAGUGGGAACCUCCUUCCAAUACAAAUUCAUCGAGAAGACGGACGGAUCAACCUCCGUAACAUGGGAGAGCGAUCCGAAUCGUUCGUAUACGGUGCCAAGCGGCUGCUCAGGGUCAACAGCGACCGUAGCAGCGACAUGGAGGUAG